GGCCUCUCUCAUCUUUUUAAGUGGGAGAACUUGCACAAUUGGUGGUUGACUAAAUACUUGAUUUGCCCCACUGUAUAUAUAGUGCAGUAGCCGGUACAGAUGUUAAUAUCGCACAUAUUGGCACUAAGUUUUUUCUCUAUCCAUCUUCACAAGGGUUAAACCAAAAUAUUAUCUACAAAGUAAAUGUACGUUUGUUGCCUUUACAAUUUUCUGCUUGUUUAUCUAUAUUACCAUAUGUGCCGUGUCGUCACAAACCUUUUGUUCCCUCUUUUGACUUCCAUAGUUAAGUGGCACUGAGUUGAGCUAAAUCUGUCAUAAUAUCUUCAUAUCAUCUAUAUUACAGAGAAAACGUCACAAACAAGAUAACUAUGCCUCUCAUGGAAGUUAAAAAAGGGAACUAUGGUUGGUUUAAAAGGGCACAGAGCUGAACCAGGUCUGUAUGUCAUAAUACCGCGCUACAGCUAACAUGGCAUCCCUCCUGAUCCCCACUCUACUGCUGUGCUACAGCUCGCUCAGUCGCUGCUCAGAGAGCAAAGAAUAUCCUCUAGAUGUCUUCGCCCCACAGGAGGUGAAAUUCCACUCCCUAGACUACAGAAAUGUCUUGCAUUGGAAGCAACAUGCCAACUCUACCAACAACCAACAAUACUUUGUCCAGUGGAAAGUAUAUGGGGAGAAGCAGUGGACCAAUGCAAAGGAGUGUCAUGGCAUCAGCCGGCUGCUCUGUGACCUGAGCAAGGAGACAUCCGACUCCAGAGAAUGGUACUACGCCAGGGUCCAUGCAGCCCACUCAGGGACCCAAUCACCAUGGGUCAUAUCCGCCAGAUUCAACCCUAAGUGGGAGACCUCUGUCAGUCCACCGACUAUGAAACUUCAUGUGACGGAGAAAGGCAUUGUGGUCCGGCUCAAGCCUCCACGCUCUCCCCACAGGAGACCUAAUGGCAGCUGGAUCAGUGUGAGGAGGCUGCAAAGAAUGUCAUUUACUAUACACCUCAUGCAGAGUGAUGUUGAGGAGGAAACAUUUGAAAUGGAGGGCUGUGCCAAACAGCUCCUGAUCUCAGAUCUGAGCCCCGGGACCACCUACUGCCUGACGGCCGAGAGUCGCUUGCACCUGCUGGGCCGUAGAAGCACCCGGAGCCCUAGGGCCUGCAUCACCACACUGUGAGGGCCAGGAUCUAAUAUCUUCCCCCAGGGGAAAAUGUAGCCCUGGAUUUCUCUGCCAAACCGGAAACUCAACAUGAUACUGUGACAAUCAAACCUCACUUGAAGUAUACACUGAUUUGUCCACUAUUACCUCAGGUACUGCACAGGGAUGCACUUUUAGGAUCCUUCACAUUUCUUUCAUCGAUAACUUUGUUGACUAAUGUUGUACGUAAAACAAUGAGUAGACACCAAACAAUUAAACAUUGUGAUAUGUCAUCAAUAAUUAAAUUACAGCACACAUAGCAGGGGUAGGUAACUAGAUUCAGCCACGUGCUGAUGUGUGGUUGGUUGGGGGGGUUGGAACACAAUUAUAAUAAUUUGUGCACUGCAGAUUGACCACAACUAAGCCAAAAAUGAGAUUUUCUAAAUCAAAAUCAUUUUUAGAUGAAUUCUUGGUGAUUUGAAAGUAUUAUUUUUUUAACCAAAAACGUAAAAUUUUGGGAGGACAAAAUAUCCCACUUGCGGACUGGACUGCCUGUUGCAAAUUAAAUAGAAAGGGGGAUACCUAGUCAGUUGCACAACUGAAUGCAUUCUGCCAAAAAUGUGUCUUACGCAUUUAACCCAACCCCUCUGAAUCAGAGAGGUGCGGGGGCUGCCUUAAUCAAUUUCCACGGGAGCAGUUGUUGUUGGGGGUUAAUUGCCUUGCUCAAGGGCAGAAUGGCAGAUUUGUCCACCUUGCUGGCACUGGGAUUUGAAUCAGCAAUCUGGCCCAACGCUCUUAACCGCGAGGCUACUUGCCGCCUCACUAUGCUAAUAGGUAGAUAUUGAUAAAGCACAAUCAUUCCUAUCCUUGUGUAGUUGGUGCUUGUGUAGUUGGGGUGGGGUUGCACUGUAAGAUAGAUGUGAAGGAGCUCUGCUGUUCUCUGCAGUCUAUGUUGACGAGGGACAAAACAACCUACCGUCUCCUAUAUAAUUGCUAAGGUUGCUUUUACACAGGCAGCCCAAUUCUGAUAUUUUUUUCACUAAUUGGUCUUUUGACCAAUCAGAUCAGCUCCGAAAAAUACUUGAUGUGAUUGGUCAAAAGACUAAUAAUGGGGAACAAAGAUCAGAAUUUGGCUGCCUUUCUAAACACAGCCAUAGAAUCCCAGUAAAUUAGUCUCCUGGGUCCUGAUUACAUUGACAUGUAAUCAAUGAAUGAAUCAAUAAUUCAAAUAAUGAAUCAGUUUUGCAGAAAGCUGCUUUUUAAAAUUUGCAAUGAAUGAUAUGUGGUUGUCUUACCUACCUUAAUUGAAUGCACUGACUCUCAAGUUGCUCUGGAUAAGUGUCUGCUAAAUUACUCAUUACACUGUCUGUAUUCAAAUGCAAAUAAAACCUACUCAUUUUGCUUUGACAAACAUA